AUGCCCAUCCUGUACCAUGAUAUAGCUCUUAAAAACUCCAACUUGGAGCACUUUUGUCUACAAUUCCCAGAAUCAGAAGGCGGAUUGGUCCGAACAUUGACCGUCGCCUUGAAGUACCCCAUCGAAAACCCUGAUGGCCGCUGGCACAAAGAUGCUUACUGGGGCACUCGAAAGACACGUCGAAUGAAACGUUGCCUGAGGGCUCUUUCGGGGUUGAUACGCUGUAUGACCAAUCUGACCACGUUCUCCUUUGCGAUCCGCCACAACGUGUUCGAUGGGACGACAAGCCUGCAGUUCCCCAGAGGUAUUCUCACCUGUAUGUUGUUGGAUCUUCCACAAACAUGCAUUAACCUUGAGAUUGCCGUCUGCGGGCCCGAGGAGCAAAACAAUCGCAGUCCCGACGAAUUCUGUAAGACUCUGGGACAGAUUCUUCCUCGUCUGCGACAUCUUCGGCUUCAAGUUGGUCGUCUCUGUCCGGAGUUUCUACGGGAAGCCGCCUUGGGAAACAACGGUUUAGAUGGCUCUGUCUGCAUCCAAGAGUUCAGACCCUGUUAUGCUCCCAAUUUGAACUAA